AUGGAUUAUCAGAACCGCGCUGGUUCAAAGUUCGGCGGUGGCGGUGUGGCCUCGCAGUCCGCCACCAACGCCGACCGACGAGAACGACUUCGCAAACUCGCGCUCGAGACCAUCGAUCUUGACAAAGACCCCUACUUCUUCAAGAACCACGUUGGCAGCUUUGAAUGCCGACUCUGUCUCACGGUCCACCAGAACGAUGGUUCAUAUCUCGCCCAUACACAGGGUCGCAAGCACCAAACGAACCUCGCUCGCCGUGCUGCUCGCGAGCAAAAAGAAGCGCAAAAAGAUGGACAAAUGUUGUCGGGUAUGAUGGGCGUACAAGUCAAAAAGAACAUGGUCAAGAUCGGACGGCCGGGCUACAAGAUCACUAAGAUUCGAGACCCUCUGACGCGACAGGUCGGGUUGCUCUUUCAGCUGCUGUACUCUGAAAUCACACCGGGCGUGGAACCUAGAGUGCGAUUCAUGAGCGCGUUCGAACAGAAGAUCGAAGAGCCAGAAAGGGACUACCAGUAUCUGCUUGUCGCUGCGGAGCCGUACGAGACGUGUGCGUUCAAAUUACAGUCCCGGGAGGUCGAUCGCCGUGAGGGACGGUACUGGACGUGGUGGGACGCUGAUGCGAAGGAGUUCUGGUGCCAGGUCUUGUUCAAGACAGAACGAGACGAAAGAUACAGUAACGUGCCGGGUUUGGCCCCAGCAGGAAGGAGAUAA